CGCCGUGUAUCGUGGGUAUACACACACUGUGAAUUUUGUGACAGGUUUGAGGCAUGGAGGAUUUGGGUAUAUUCUACUAGUAAUAUCUGAGGUAGAAGUAACACCCUUGGUUAUAAAGACAUAACGCGUGUCGAAAUCUUUCAAGCAGAUAUGCAAAGGUUAUUAGAUGAAGAAACCGUCAAAAAUCUACAGCGUAGAAGUUUGGACCUGCUUGACCUUGGUGUUCCCCCACUCCUGCAAGCCGCACUCGUCACGAAAGAAGUCGAAGAAGAAGAAGCUGUCGGUUGCCCAGCAACGAAGCGUUUACUUGAUGAUAUAAAACAGAGCAUGGAGGCGGGAGCCUCUUCUGACGUGAUUGGAGAGAAUGGGAGUCGCAUUGAAGAAACAGUGACCAACGGACUGCAAACUGGCGCAGUGAAAGGCGAAACGGAUUCUAGUUCCACACAUUCUGCUAUUAGUGCAGGCAGGAUAAACACUGGGUCAAUGUCUCCGGUGUUACGGAAAAUGUGUCCUGCUUCUCCUCAAGAAGAUAAAGACAAGUCCCUCGGUUGCAAGUCGCAUUCGCCAAGUCCGGACAGCGAAGGCUGCUUAGGUUACAAGUCUGAAAGCUCAGAAGGCGAUGGAUACUUAGGUUACAAAUCGGAGUUUUCAGACAGCGACGACUCAUUAGGCAGAAGCGUCGAUUUGCACACUUUGGAUAAAGCAGCAUUUGUACGGAUGUCCACAGGGAAACCGCCGGAGAGUGUACCCCUGCUCCAAAUGAAAGCGAAAGAAAAUACAUCGGAUUUCACCAGUAGAGCAGAAAACGGCGUCACAAAAGUCGCGGGUAUCACUGGACAACAAGCAAGCCCAUUUCAAUUACUAGCUGUAGACUCCGAUAAUUCCAGCAUAAAUGAAGAAGAGCUGGAUGAGGUCAUUAAAACCAUCGUAGAGGCAGACGAGACGGGUUCCAUGGUACAUCAAGUCGCCUCGGGCCUGCUCGAUCAAUUAGUAAUGGGACCUGAAGUUAUCCCUACUUUGUUCAAACAAGAUGAAACUGGUGAAAUGGUACGGACUGAGCCUGUCGGAUCUUAUCCUCCGCGAAUCGAAGACGGAGACUUGUUAGGCCAUUCACCGCGACGAUUUCUGAAGGCGGCUUCUCCCAUGGCAUGUCGAAUGGAGAGCCCCUCCUUCUUGAUGAGAACAGGACUGGCAAAGAAGACGGACUCUGAUAGUGACACUUCUGCAGACAUGUCACCCAGUGAUGAUAUUAGACCUGAUGAGUCGGUUCGAAGCCAAAUGGAGAUUGACACAGCACAUGCAAGGAGCGUCAUGCAAGAGAGCCUGGCAGCUUAUGUCACAAGUACGGCGGCGGAGCACGUUUCCAGCUUGAUUGAACUUUCAAAUCAACGGACAACUUCCUUUUUGAGAAGCCCAGUGGCUGAUCAGGCUGUGGUUGAAACAGGCACAAACAACAGCGAUAACUCGACAAUCACCUUGAGUCAGUCUAAUCUAAUUCCACCAUGCUACAGCAAUGAAACUGGCUCUUCUCAGGAUGAACAUAGCCACCACGUACAAACUUUACCUGAUGAUGUCAGCAAAGACAGCAAAAAUAAGCCCGCACACUUUGAGUACGCCCAACGCAUGAGAUUCAGAGCAACAAGCACUACUAUUAAGACAGUAAGCCCCGAACAAGGAACUGCUGAGCGUGGUCAGAAUAUAACUGGAGGAGCUACUAAUCCGGAGCUGCAGAAACAGGUACUUGAGACCACACCCAACAGCGAUGACCGGACGCAAUCUGAAUACACUGAACCAAUCAUUCCCGAAAGAACGAUCUCAGAAUCUUCGACGCGUGAAUACGAAAAACUUCGUUUUUUUGAUAGGCAAGCCCCAUUGGUGGAGACAAAUGAGCAACCUAGGGACAGUGGAAGAGCAAGGAAUGAAGAGGAUGACAAAAAUGUACAAGGAAAUCUCUUCGGUGAUAUCAGUUUUUGGUCAGUUCCAAUACCUUUUGUUAAAGAUUCCGAUUUGGGGGAAUUAUCUUUUCCGAAAGCAGCCAAUGAUUCAACAGAAUCUCAUGCGCAUCCUGCAGCGACUGCGCCCGCCACAGCACCUGCCACGAGUGACAUGACGUCCCCUCAGAAAGACUCCUCGGAUGCCUUCCUUGAUUUUUCCGGCCGUCUUGGUCGUUUUGUUGUGUCGAAUGAAUACCUUGAUCAGCAAACUCAGGUUCAGCGAGAACGAAAAGAAGGGGAGUCUGAUUCACCAAAAAUCGAUGACCUACCAAAUUUCGUCGCCAGAGUAGAACACAUCACUGAGGUAUUGACGCCUACGCCAACCAAACAUCAUGAGGUCAACGAUGCCGUCGAGACAAGCAGUGAUGUUUCUGAUCACCUUGGUGCACUUGACAGUUUGGCGCAGAAGGUACAAAAGGCUACAGACAGAAUUAACGACGCAAAUCGAGAGCUUUGUAUGCAACGAAUCGAAAAUGUCCAAAAUCUUUCCGGACUCGACUCAAUUCCGAUCGGAGAGGCGAAUAUAAACAGGACCAGUAGCGAGGAUAUGACCGAGAUCAAGACUGAGAGGAAGAGAGAGGAACUGGACACUGAUCACGAACAAGAGACAGCAAAGUGUCAGAGAACUUCAUCACCUUAUGAGCUUGCAGGCAUUGUGAUUAUCUCACCAGCUCCAAUACAACAGGCAGAGCGACAAGAGCAAGAAGUCACCAAAAGGCGAUCUCGAUCUCCAACACCCUCACUAAUUAUAGUUACGGGACCAACACCGGAGGAGGUCUCAGUCGGAAUGGACGUUUCAGUAGGACGAUCGAGGUCGCCGACACCGACACCUCUGGUUAUUAUGACACCUUGUCUAAGCCCAGACUCAGAUCCACUCCGACGGCCUGUAUCUAGUACUCGACGGUCACGAUCACGCGAACGGCGAAAGGCCAAGCGGCACAGGUCAUUAUCUCCCCGGGAGAAAGCCUUUAAAUCUCCACGCUCAUUGUCACCUCGGGCUGACUCAAGAUCCCCUUCUCCAGGUCGACAACGGAGGAGUGACAGAUUGAUGGCAUCACCCUAUGACCGGCCAAUGUCACAAGGUGAAUCACCGCGCUCUCCAUCCCCACAACCUACUCGAAUCCCGGGUCCAACCACACCAUAUCUUUCAUCACCUCGGAGGGAUCCUUCCCCUGUUCCUUCACAAAGGCAAACCCCUGCACUGGGAAUAUCUUCAUCUCCGAGACGAUCUAGGUCACCGUCUCCGUUACUGGAUGCAAGCAAGCCAUGCUCGAAUGAUAGACGAUCAAGAUCUCACUCAAGAUCUCCAAGACCUGACAAUACACAAGAGACAGGUGAUAAUAGAGCUCUUGCUCUCUCUCCUCACCCACCAUCACGCCCAAAAUCGCCAAGACCUGAUCUACGCCGUGCUUCUCGAAGGCCUGGCACGCGAUCCCGAUCACCUGUCCCUUGGGGGACCUUCGGGGUACGCCAUGACCAAUACGAAGAUCUUGUGAUGGCCCAGCAAGAAACUCUCGCUUCCAAUCUUAGUAUCAGCAGCAAGGAACGCAACGGCAGGAGACCCAGACAGAAAUUGAUCCACAAGGACUCAAGGGAUCAGAAUGCCAUAUUGGAACAACUUAAAACCAAACAUCUACCGUAUCUCGCGAAGAAAUUCAACAGAAUUCCUGAAAGUUGUAUUCCUGACGUUGGUUUUAUACUUGAUGACAUGGACUUCAUCAAUGCACUUGAUGCAUUACGCAGAGCACCUUACUUUGUCGGCGGUGCACUCCUAUCCGAAUAUUCAUUCAUGAAUGAUGUCUACCAACAGGUUGUGGAGUUUCCUUCUAUCUUCCGGACUUUCAAGAAACUUCUUGAAAUUCUGUUCCAUGUUUUUACCGAGGGGUUCACAGCACCCGAAAUAGGCGUGGUCGUCGUUGGAAAUAUUUACACGAUUCUUAUCAACGGUUCCGAUGUCCAUGAAGAAUUUUUGAAGCGAUUGUCGGAGGAGCCUGGCCUGCUGGAGCUGAUCGUCUGGUUCGUGAAAAGGGUAAAGAAUGUGCCCGCCAAUAAGGAUGCCGUGGGUAUGUUGUUGACCUACUCUAUCAACGUUCUCUACAACUGCUCCAUGCACGACGACAACCGCAAACGCCUCCAAGAGGUUGGGGCGGUGGACGCCUGUCUCAACUACUUGGAGUCCUCCACCGAAUUCGUCGAGCGGAUCGCCCUUCUUUGCGUGGCGUAUCUUGCCGAUGAGAAGCAGAGCGAGAUAUUCCUGGCCAAGCGAAAACCUAUACAGCACUUUAUAGACCAGUUGAAGAAGGCUGUGACGGAUGGUACGGAACGUGGGGCGGAUGGCUGGACGAAACUCGAGAUUAUAAAGGGUCUCGGCCGUCUCUCGGUGAAUGACUCCAAUAAGAGGGUGAUCGCCGAAUGCGGUGCCAUGGAUGUCCUACUUGAAGCAGCCCAGGUUGAUGCGUCUCCUCGGGAGAGACUAGAAUCCCUCAAAGUGCUCUGGUCGCUGUGUUUCGACAAGACCAACCAGGAGCAACUCAAGAACAACACGGAAGCCAUGGUGUAUUUUGAGCAGAUAGGUGUCAAUGACCUUGACCCCAAAAGCCAGAAGGUCGCCAAUGGAAUACUGUGGACCAUCCGCGACUCACUUCAGCAUCAUUCAACACUGGAUCAACCUUCAGAAGGCCAAUCGCACAUCAUGGUCAGCUACCAGUGGGAGGCGAAACCGCUUGCCCUGAAGAUGAGGGCCACACUCCGGGCCAAUGGCUACAACGUAUGGAUGGAUGUGGAUCACAUGCAGGGGUCGACCAUUGAAACCAUGGCCAGAGCAGUGGAGAUGUCCGACGCCGUCCUUAUGUGCAUGUCGCAGAAGUACAAGGAGAGCCAGAACUGUAGAUCAGAAGCAGAAUACGCCUACUACCAGAAAAAGGAGAUCAUCCCCAUCGUCGUUCAGAACAAGUACAAGCCCGAUGGGUGGCUGGGUUUUCUCAGGGGCACCAAGAUGUACUAUGACAUCACAAGCGACGACGCAUUUCAGGAGAAGAUGACAGAUCUGAUAAAGGCUUUGGGGAACAAAGGGAAACUACAAGGGUCACCAUUGAAUGUUCCGCCACACCAAGCCUUCAUUACCGAACAGCAUGAGCCCUCCACAGUGACGCCACCUGUACACCCCGUCACAGAGAGAGCACGAACGCCUCGGGUCAGGAGCAGCCCAAGGAACUGGAGCGAUGAGGAUGUGACCUCGUGGAUGGAGUCUCAUGGCAUAAACAGAAACCGAAUGGGUGUACUAACUGGACGUCAGAUCAGCUUCCUCCAGAAAAUGAAGAGAGAUGCGCCAGAUUUCUAUUAUAGUUACGUUACAAAGAACCUAUAUUCAAUACAAUUCCAGGAAUUCACUGACUUCAGCGCCCUCACUAGUGCAAUAGAGGAACUUGAUGAAGCGGAAAAGUAACAUUCAUCUGUUCUGAAUCAGAAACAUCAGAUAUCAUAGCUCUAAGUGAAAUUAUACUUGAACAGGCCUACACAGAACUGCGGCAGUUCAUUAAAGUAUGCACUACCAGCUUCGACCAUGGUACCACCAAACAGGUAUUCCUACACAGACAGAGACCAAUGAUAGAGAUUGCACUGUAAUGGUAGACAAGAAUGGUGACCGUCGAUACGUUUAUGCGAUGUAGCCUCAUGAAUAUUUGAAAAAGACAAGCUUUGGGUGUUGAAACUGAUGGCACCCUCCAUAAACGAAAAGAAUUACGCCGGGCGUCUUAAGGCCUCAACUUUUUUGAGAUUUUUUUUGAGGUGCCGCUGUCGCCCGUCCGAGCACUCGCAAAAAGACUGCCUGUGUACAUGUACAUGUACAAGUCGCAACUGCUUCAAUCCUAGUUUAAAGUACAUGUACACCCAUACAUCUGAUAAUUUUAUAACGGAGUGAUGCACAUGCUCACAGCACGUAAUGUACAAAUAUCUACUUCGUUGUUUUUUAUCUAUUGAUAUUGAUAACAACUAAAUAUAUCAUGAUAUAUUUAUUUGAUAUCAAUUUUGCUUUCAAUUUAGAAGUAAAACAACUUCGUGCCAUAGUUUGCAAAAUGUAUUUUAGGAAAGUGUGAUACAUGUAGUUUCAAAUGAAUAAAGUAAUAAAGUAA